CUUCCCCCUUCUAUCCCCUUAUCCACUCCGCGCUCCCCAUCUCGCCUCCCUCGAAGCUAGAAAUGGCUGCGUCCCACUGAACCCGACCCACCCUCCGCCUCCGCCUCCGCCUCCGACUGUUGCCGCUCUAGCUCAGGGGCGCCGCAAUGGCCACGGCCGUCGCCGCCUCCGCGUUCCUCUCCUCCUCCUUCGCCCCCCGCCACCACCACCGCCGCCUGGCCAGGUCCGUGACGCGGCGUGCCGCCCCGGCGGGACUGGCCGUGCGGUGCGAGCAGAGCGACAAGCAGAAGAGGCAGCCGCUCGCAGCGCUCGUGCCCCGCGAGCAGCGCUUCAUGUUCGAAGGCGACGAACUCUGCGGCCCCGACAUAUGGAAUACUACAUGGUAUCCCAAGGCUGCAGAUCAUGUAACCACGGAGAAGACAUGGUAUGUUGUUGAUGCAGCAGACAAGAUUCUAGGCAGGCUAGCAUCCACCAUUGCAGUACAUAUCAGGGGAAAGAAUGAACCCACAUACACUCCCAGUGUGGACAUGGGUGCUUUUGUUAUUGUGGUCAAUGCAGAGAAGGUUGCUGUUUCUGGUAAAAAGCGGUCGCAGAAGCUCUAUAGGAGGCACUCUGGACGGCCUGGAGGGAUGAAAGAAGAAACUUUCGACCAACUUCAGAAAAGGAUUCCGGAGAGAAUCAUCGAACAUGCAGUGCGUGGCAUGCUUCCCAAGGGCAGGCUGGGAAGAAGACUAUUUACACACCUCAAGGUUUACAAAGGGGCAGAACAUCCACACGUGGCUCAGAAACCUGUCCCGCUGCCUAUCAGGGAUAAAAGAAUACAGAAGACUGACUAGAGAAUCCCUAUCGAUUGAAAUGGAUGAGGUGAUGAAUUCCUCCCCUGAAGGUUUUACCCAUUGUUUGGAUUCCCAUCCUCACAGUCAUGCAUCUGCCCCAGGGAGUGUAAAUCUUUUUUGUAAUUUGGACACCAAAGGCUGAAAUUUCGUCAUAUUUCUUGUCAUUGAGUAGUCAUGUAUUAUGGUAUGCUUUUAUUCAACCCAAAAUCUCUGCUUUCCCGUUGCACUUUGUAAAUUUGACCUGAUAUGAGAUGGUAGGUUGUUUCAUUGUUCAUCUUGAAGUUAAAACGCGGAAGAUACCAUCUGAAAUACAGAGAUUGUUUCUAUGUU